CUAGGUUUUUAUGCUGGAUUGUUGGUUGGAUUGGCUGGGCUGCGUUGGUGUGAUUUAGUUGGAGCCUUUUCAGCUAGUCUCUUCUACUACAACUGGGGGUUCUUGUCUGGUGCUUUUUGGGAUAUCUUUGCCUGGUCUCUCACUCCAACUGGCACGUACACAGGUGCUGAACUGGUGCUAAUCUAG